AUGGCUUCCCAGAACCGCGACCCAGCCGCCGCCAGCGUCGCCGCCGCCCGCAAAGGAGCCGAGCCCAGCGGGGGCGCUGCCCGGGGCCCCGUGGGCAAGAGGCUACAGCAGGAGCUGAUGACCCUUAUGAUGUCUGGUGACAAAGGAAUUUCUGCCUUCCCUGAAUCCGACAACCUUUUCAAAUGGGUGGGGACCAUCCAUGGAGCAGCUGGCACAGUAUACGAGGACCUGAGGUAUAAACUCUCCCUGGAGUUCCCCAGUGGCUACCCUUACAAUGCGCCCACGGUCAAGUUCCUCACGCCCUGCUACCACCCCAACGUGGACACCCAGGGUAACAUCUGCUUGGACAUCCUGAAGGACAAGUGGUCUGCCUUGUAUGAUGUCAGGACCAUCCUGCUGUCCAUCCAGAGCCUGCUAGGAGAACCUAACAUCGAUAGCCCUUUGAACACACAUGCUGCUGAGCUCUGGAAAAACCCCACAGCAUUCAAGAAGUAUCUGCAAGAAACCUACUCAAAGCAGGUCUCCAGCCAAGAACCCUGACUGUCUAGCCUCUUUCCUUGUGUUGUCUUUUUAUUUUCUCCUUAGAUGGUCUGUCCUUUCCUUCAUUUCUGCCUAGGACUCUGUAUCUUAAACUGUGGUGUUAUUUUUGUUUUGUUUCUGUUUUUUAAAUUAAGUGUCUGGUUGAGCCCUUGUGAUGAAUAUAUUAAAUAAAUACAUUGGUUGGGUUUUUU